AUGAACUGUGAAUUACAAUGGCAUUCCAUAUAUGGCCACGCUAUUGAAAGCAUGUUUGUGGACAUUCUAUAUGGGCAUCUCAAGCCUGGUGGAUUGCGUCUUGAGACAGUCAAUGGCAUUGGUGUCGUUUUACAGCUCAUCUUUGUGACUCUUUUCCUCAUCUAUGCUCCCAAAGAUAAGAAGGAUUGCAAUAACAUUUACGCGAGGAAGUAUACAGAAGAUGCCAAGAAUGUAAUCACAGCCCAAGGUCGUGGAAAAGGGGAAGAUACCGGAAUAGUGCUACACAAUUGCUCCAUUAGGGCUGACAAAGACCUUCAACCUUGCCCACAAAUCAAAUCAUUUCUAGGUAGGCUGUGGUUCAGUUAUUCACAAACUAUUGUCAUGGAAUGUUUCCUUGACAAAUUGAUUGACCCUGAAGAAUGGCUUCCAAAAGGUGAUAAGAAAAGCUUAUACAUGUUGCAUUUUUUGGAGUAUGCUAAUCGUGGCCCAAGAGCCAAUAUAACAGGAAGGCUUAAAUGGUCUGGGUAUCAUAUUGCCAAAAAUUCUAAAGAAUUUAAAUACUUUACUGUUGAAAAUUUUAUUAACGGUAACCAAUGGCUGCCAAGUCUAGGAAUUCUGUUUGUUAGUGGUUUUAUACAUUAA